UUUCCUUUCUGUCACUGCAAAGUCAAAAUCAAAUCGUGGUCCGUCGCUCGAGUUUCUAGCAAAAAUAUAUUUUUGUUUUGUUUAUCCAAAAUAAAAUAAAUUAAGCUUUUUCUGAAACACAUGUGAAACCAAAAGGCAAACCAGCCACUACACCACAUCUUCAAAAUUGCAUACGUUUUUGCUUAUUAAUUAAUUUAAAAUGUCUGAAUCUGAGAACAACUACUCCUCGGAUGACGAACCAGUCUCCAAGAACCACAAUAAACUUUUGCAAGCUGUGAGCAAUCUCAGCAAAGUGCAACACAUUAAAAAAGUAGCCCGCAAAGAACCAUCCGCAAAUCAAAAUGAAUUUGAUUUAAUUAAGCCCCGUAUAGAGCUUCCCAAGCAAAUACAUCCAUCCAAAAGCCCUGUUAGUGUUGUGGAUCUUGUGAAAACCUUGAAAGGGACAAGCAAACAUGUAAAUGUUGGCAAAGAAUUGUCAAAUGUUGCCAAAACAGGUAGGGUUUUGCCUAAGCCGCUGGAAAAGCCUCAAGCCGACCGGUUGAUGCGUUCUAUUAACUACGAUAAGACCAAAAAGGAAUUACAACGUUGGGACGCUGUCGUGGCGCAGUUCCAAUCCGCUGAAACCCAAACAUUUCCUCUAGAUUCUGAGACAGUGUAUAUAAAUACCGCCAAGCUGAAAAGACCUCCACAGUUGUGUUUAAAAUCGGAGUUGCAAAUUGCUGUGGAAGAAGCAGAAGCCAAACUACGUGCCCUGAAAGGCGAGAAGAUAGAAAAAAUUACAGAUAACGAUUUGCUUAAAGAGAAAAUGCAGGCGACGAAAAACGAAAUCAAAAAACGUCGCCAGGAAUUGCUCUACUUGAAAAUGCAACAAUCUCAAAAGUCCGCCAAAUUAAGGUUACAAAAUAAAAUAAAAUCCAAGACCUAUCACAGACUUCAGAAGCAACACAAACUCAAGGAACAGCUCAAAGACUUCGAAACACUGCAAAAGUUAAAUCCUGAAGCUGCUCUUGAAAAACUCCAAAGCUUGGAGAAGAACCGCAUUUUGGAACGUGCCAAUUUAAGGCACAAAAAUACCGGAACUUGGGCUAAGAAUAACCUGGUCAAGGCAAAGUACAACCGAGAUGUACAGAAGGACUUGUCCGAACAGUUGGCUCUGAGUCGACAGUUAACGGAGAAGAAAGAUGUCUCGGAGGAUGAGGACGACGAUGAGAAAGUAGACACUAAUGCCAUGGACUUUGAUUUUGAAGAUAAAAUGAAUCCUUGGAUGCAGGCAAAUGGCAAGAAGAACGAUGCCAAGCCGGAGGAUGCUGUUGAGAUGGGAUACAGAAAGUACUGGAUGGAACGUAAGAAUAACGAGGAAAAGUUAAGAAAUCAUCAGGCCUUAUUAGCCGAAGAUUCAGGUCUUGGUGGCGAAAUUGAGGAAUCUGAAAAGGAAAUAAAACAAGAAAUAAAUAAAAGUUCAUCUGCAAAGCAUAAGAAAGCAACUAAAACUAUCAAAAAGAAGAAAAACACAAAGGCUAAGAAGCUUUCAUCCAAUACCAUUAUAGAGAACGGUUGGCUAGUUGAAGACGUCAAUAAUGUAGAUUCUGAGGCUGAUAUUCACAGCAUCGACAAACUGUUCGAUAAAGCCGAAGAUAGUGUUUUGCAAAAACUUACAAACAAACAAAGAAAGCUUCAAAAGCAACUGGAAAAACAAAGCAACAAAAAAAGCCACAAGAAAGAGCGACCAACUAAAGCGAAGGAUGAGCUGAAGAACUUGGAAGAUUUGAAAUUUAAAAACCAAAAAAAUCGAGUAGAAAUUGAUGAGCAACUCCUAGAGACGGCAAAUGGCGAAGCAAUUGCACUUCCAACUAAACAACUAUCACCAAGCGAAGUUCCUUCUGCGGCAAAGGUAAGUCAAAGUGUCGAUGCAAUUAAGCAUGACAAUUACGCCGAUGUGAAGCCAAAGGAACUGAAGACAUCUUUGGCUCAAUUCACCAAUUGUGAUGAAGAUGUUGACUUUGACGAUGAAGACGAAGGGGUUGCCAUUGACCGUCAAGCGACCAUAAACGAUGCCUUCGAAGACGAUGAUAUAAUGGCUGAUUUUGGAAGAGAUAAGAAUGCAGAGAAAAAGGCUUUGGCUGACCAAGUAACUCUGACAAUGCCCGGUUGGGGCUCUUGGGCUGGAACUGGAAUUUCAGAGAGAGCAGAACAAAAUAAAAAGAAAUUGGUGUUGGACUUUGCAAAACAGACCCAACUGAACGUCGAUAAUUCCACUCAAUGCCGAGUUCGAAUCAAUGAGAAUGUCAAUAACAAAAAGUUGAGAGAACAUCUUGUUUCGGAUGUUCCAUUCCCCUUUAAAACGGUCAAAGACUAUGAAGCCAGUAUAAGGGCUCCCAUUGGAAGGAAUUUCGUACCGGAGACAGCAUUUCGGGAGUUGACCAAGCCAUCUGUAAUUACUAGGAGGGGUCACAUUAUUCGACCAAUGGAUGAAUCUGAAUUGGUUAAGCCGCCGAAGCGACCCAGAUCAGUGGUCGAGAAGAGAAUUUUGUAUGAUGCUCAUGUGGCGAAGCAAUAAAUGUUGUUUUUUUUUAUU